AUGUUAUUAAUAAGGAUUCGCGCAGGCAAAGCUGCGGGCAAAAUCCAGUGUCAAGAGUCCAGCAAGAGUUUUAUACUAACGUUUAAAAUAAACGGCAACAAGACGGGUGCCAAGCAGUCCGUCGCAGAGGAGCAAGAAGGCCUCUUGCGGCAAUACCAGGCGUGCCUGGACAAAUACGUUGACUUCCCGUACACUACCAAAUAUGCGUACUGUAACGCGACGUUCGACGGAUACCUCUGCUGGCCGCCCACGCCGGCGGGCACGACGGCGAGCCAGAACUGUCCAGAUGCCCGACUUAGUGAUACUAACAACUUUGCCAAUCGAAGAUGUGGAGAUGACGGGCUUUGGAUUGGUCGUCGAGGUAACAAGAGCAACGAAGUAGGCUGGACCAACUAUAUGCCCUGCUUCCCCCCUGAAGUCCAAGAACUGUUGAUGAAGGUAUACGAGGAUGAUGAACGAGAUGCCCAUUUAAAAUUUGAAAUAGCUCAACGAACACGUUAUAUGGAAAUAGUUGGUUUUAGUUUAUCUCUCGUGGCUCUGAUCAUUUCUCUUUUCAUCUUCUCUUAUUACAGGUCUCUUCGCAAUAGUCGCACUCGUAUUCACAAAAGUCUGUUCAUCGCGAUGGUGGUACAGGUUCUAAUUCGUUUGACCCUGUACAUCGACCAAGCCCUCAUCAGAAGCAUGAUCGGAGACCAUUCCACCAACAACAACGACACUUUGAAGGGGAUUGAUAAUAUGCCGUACCUCUGCGAAUCAUCGUACGUGUUACUUGAAUACGCCGUGACCGUCAUGUUCAUGUGGAUGUUUAUUGAGGGAUUGUACCUCCAUAACGUGGUGACCGCUAACGUUCUUAGGGAAAGAACCUCUCAUUUGGUGUACUGUGUUACCGGAUGGGGAUUACCAAUGGUUGUGACCGGUAUCUGGUCAAUAAUGACCGCCUUACAUUACAGUCGUGAAAGUGUGAGACAAUGCUGGUACGGCUACAACUUCUUAUCUUUAUACUGGAUUGUCCAAGGUCCGAGGCUCGGCGUCGUCUUGAUCAAUUUGUUUUUCCUACUGAACAUAAUGAAAGUUCUUAUCGUCAAGUUGAAACGGAGUAACAAUACGGAAGUAGAAAAACUCAGGAAAGCAGUCCGCGCAGCUCUGGUUCUGUUGCCCCUACUCGGUAUCACAAACGCCACUAACAUGAUUGAAGCCCCACUAUAUGGCAGCGUCUGGAAGUUUGCACUGUGGAGCUACAGCACGCACUUCCUGAGGUCAUUCCAGGGCUUCUUCAUUGCUCUUAUUUACUGCUUUCUGAAUGGCGAGAAAUGA